AUGGAAAAAAGUCUAAAUUCCACUUUGGAUUCUCUUGCAAACAGCCCAAAAGUAAAGGGUGUCAUAGCAGUCGAUGCUCAAGGCCUACGACUUGGUCAUCGAGGAAGAGCUCAGGCUACAGCUGCUCCCUUAUUCGAGUCUAUAGCAUCACGAGCUACGAAACUAGCCGCACAUCUUUCUUCAUCGUCUGCUGCUCAAGACGUCCUAAUAACUGUAGAAUCUGACAUGCAGUGA